AUGAAUGAGUACAGUGAAAGUCAAUUAGGGCUCGCCUACAAAUUGUCUCGUCAUAUUACGGACCCAAAACUUGCAUUCUCCUACUUUUUCAACACACUUGAAUAUUUCUCUGUCAGCCACCAGAAGAUCCCUCUCUCAUCUUCUACAGCUCAAUAUGGAUUUACUUUCGCGGCUACCGGCACCCAUCCGAACACAGAUCCUCGUCGACCUUGGGUCUCACCAGCCUGCAUCGGGAGACUCAUCAGAGCAUCUCCCACUAUGCUACAGCAGUAUACCGUUCACCGCGAUAUCGUCGUGCGGGAGGUGCUCAAGGAAAUCACCAGUCUCGACAAAACUGGAGGUCUACUCCAGGACGCUAUGGCUCUCCUCUACCUCGCCGGCCUCGAGUCAAAACAGUAUACAGGAGAAAACGGGCAAUGGGGAUUGCAUUACCAUUUGAGUGGUCAAUUCAAUACAUUUGGAUACGUUCCUUGGGAUCAACAAAAAGCUAAGUUUCUUCGUCCAUUAUGA